AUGGGAAAUAUUUCAAGGCGUCAGGAACUACCAUUGAAAAAUAUCUUAGAGGUUGAGUUAUUUGAUGUUUGGGGAAUUGAUUUUAUGGGUCCUUUUCCCCCUUCUUUUGGCUUUGUUUAUAUCUUGUUGGCAGUUGACUAUGUGUCAAAAUGGGUGGUGGCAAUUGCAACAACAACAAAUGAUGCAAAGCACAAGAUAGUACUUGCCUACCAUCCUCAAACUAAUGGCCAAGCUGAAAUUUCAAAUAGAGAAAUCAAGAAUAUUCUUGAGAAGACGGUCAACACCAAUAGAAAGGAUUGGGCAAAGAAGCUUGAUGAUGCUUUAUGGGCAUACCGUACUGCUUUUAAAACACCUAUCGGGAUGUCUCCUUAUAGAUUGGCAGCAAGGGGAAAGCGACUUCUUCAAUUGAAUGAGAUGGAUGAGUUUCAGAAUGAUGCUUAUGAAAAUGCAAAGAUCUACAAAGAACGGACAAAGAAGUGGCAUGACAAACAAAUUCUUAGGCGUGAGUUUUCUCCAGGACAGCAGGUUUUACCCUUCAAUUCACGACUAAAACUCUUCCCAGGCAAGUUAAGAUCAAGAUGGACAGGUCCUUAUACAAUUGACAAAGUUUCAUCUUUUGGAGCAAUAGACUUGAAGGACAAGGCAGGGCACAUAUUUAGAAUUAAUGGACAGAUAUUGAAGCACUAUUAUGGAGAACAAGUGGAGAGGAAUUGUUCAUUUAUUCCUCUUGGAGAUCCUAAUUGA